AUGGCGACGGAGUCGACAAGGAGUUGGUUUCAGAUACGGCAGCAGAAACCGGAUAAAUCCAGCCCUACUAAAAGAGGACAAGAAGGAGGAGGAAAUGUGAAGAAUCUUGGUAAACCUCCUAUGAAUGAUGCACCAUCAAAUGCUACGAAACAAAAAGUCGCUGCAGCGAAGCAAUAUAUCGAGAAUCAUUAUAAAAUUCAGAAGAAGAGUCUGCAGGAAAGAAAAGAGCGUCGGAGUACAUUGGAAAAAAACCUAGCUGAUGCUGAUGUUCCUGUUGAAGACAAGAUGGACAUACUGAAGAAUUUUGAGAAGAAGGAAAUGGAAUAUAUGCGUCUGCAAAGAAAAAAAAUGGGGGUUGAUGACUUUGAACUGCUGAACAUCAUUGGCCGGGGUGCUUUCGGGGAGGUGAGAAUUUGUAAAGAAAUAUCUACUGGCAGCGUGUAUGCCAUGAAAAAGCUAAAGAAAUCCGAGAUGCUUCGAAGAGGGCAGGUGGAGCAUGUUAAAGCUGAAAGAAAUGUGCUUGCAGAAGUCGAUAGUCCUUACAUCGUCAAGCUUUGCUACUCCUUCCAAGAUGAAGAACAUUUGUAUCUUAUAAUGGAAUACCUCCCUGGAGGUGAUAUGAUGACACUGCUAAUGCGAAAGGAUAUCUUGCCGGAAGAUGAAGCUCGGUUUUAUGUUGCACAGACAAUCCUGGCUAUUGAGUCUAUCCAUAGGCAUAACUACGUCCACAGGGAUAUAAAGCCUGAUAAUUUAUUGAUCACUCGUAACGGCCAUAUCAAGCUUUCGGAUUUUGGAUUGAGCAAGUCCCUGGAAAGCAAAAAUUUUCCAGACUUCAAGACGGAGCUUGUUGACAGAAAUACAAGGCCUGCAGCAGAACACGAUAGACUCUUUAAGCCUCCUUCUGCACCUAAGCGGACUCAGCAGGAACAGCUUUUACAUUGGCAACAAAACAGAAGGGCCCUGGCUUUUUCUACAGUAGGCACUCCCGAUUACAUUGCCCCUGAGGUGCUGUUGAAGAAAGGGUAUGGAAUGGAGUGCGAUUGGUGGUCCCUUGGAGCAAUUAUGUUUGAGAUGCUCGUGGGGUUUCCUCCAUUCUAUUCCGAAGAGCCUUUGGCGACAUGUAGAAAGAUUGUAAACUGGAAAACCUGCUUGAAAUUCCCUGAUGAAGCUAAGCUCUCCAUCGAGGUAAAAGAUCUCAUCCGAAGACUGCUCUGCAAUGUCGAACAGAGGCUUGGAACCAAAGGAGUUCAUGAAAUCAAAGCACACCCUUGGUUUAAAGGAAUUGAUUGGGAAAGACUAUAUGAGUCAAAUGCUCCGUAUAUACCAAAAGUGAAGCAUGAACUCGAUACCCAAAACUUUGAAAAGUUUGACGAGGUUCCAUUUACUUGCGAAACCUCUUCAAAGUCUGGACCUUGGAGAAAGAUGAUCCCAUCCAAAGAUGUAAAUUUCCUUGGUUAUACAUUUAAGAAUCUUGAGAUAGUUGAUGAACACCAUAUCCCUGGCAUGGCGGAACUGAAGCGGAAGAGUAAGACCGCAAAGAAACCAUCUCUCAAGACACUGUUCGAAACACCGUAUCCUUGUGAGAAUCAAGCCUUACAGGAUUUGCUUGAUUCACCUAUUUACUCUGACGGAUCUACAGGCUCCUCCGAAUCACCAUUUUCGCAUCCGAAUCAAUCGCACAAUACUUCCCGGGGGUAG